UCUACUGCUCCUAACUGUUGUCUCAGAGAUAUUGACCAUAUUGACCCCUGCAAAGAAGAAAGCUAAACCAGUUGGUCAAGCUUCACUAGUGGUCUUAUGCUCGCGAUGCAAAGAAGAGUGUGGCAUUUAAGUGUCACAUGAAGAAGUAGAGCAGACAUUUCGUUUUGGCUCUUUCUAGCCCGUCAAGUAGGCCUCGCUAUCGCGAAACUAUCAACCUUCUAGCCCAAGAGAAAAAGAGAAAAUGGAGUCACCACCAUCCCCAAAGGACUCCAAUUUGUUCAAGAAGCUGAGAGUGGCAGCGGUUGAUCAGAAACAAGAGGAGAAGUCUACGAACAAGCGCAAAGACAUUCUGACCAAGCCCUACAUCCCGCCUGCGCCAGUCGCCACCAUUAAGGAAGGAAAGUGGUACACCAGGGAAAAGAGGAAGGCAAUGGAAAUAAGCACUUCCAAGAAGAGGAAACUGCAGCGCAGGUUUUGGAAAGCGAAGCACGCGCUAGAGGCUUUGGACCAGGGCUUGAUCAAGCCUUCGCAAUUGGUCAAGUCACCUGAGCAGUAUCAGAAGGAGAUGGAGGAUCACUGAGGAGAGAACACCUCCGCC